AACAAAUUAAUCAAACCAAACCUUGAAACAUCAAUUUUGAAUCACAGAAGAUAUUAUAGGAGCAUGUUUUAUUGAUUCUAAGGCCUCUUGAUUGUUCACUAGCGUACCCCCAGAAUCUAAUCACGAUUUAAAAACAAAGGAACCUGAGAACCUCCAAAUCAAAAUUUCUUUUGGUUUUGUCAAAACCACACCAAUGAAACCAAUCAAUUUCUCAAUUAUAAUUCUUGAUUUUAAUCCAAUUAAUCACUGCCGAUCAAUAAUCACCUUAGUAUAAAUCCAACGACACCAAACAAGUGAAGGUCAAAAGGAGCUUUUGAGCAAGAAAAUGGGAGACAACAAGGUAGCUGCUCUCGCAAACCUACCUCACACUGUACGAGCUGUUGCCAUUAACUUCAAAAGAGGAUUGGAAUUGCUCGAGUUAUCGUCAAGGCCAUUCACACACAUGUACAGUUUACAAAUCUUUGCUGACGACCGAUACCUCUGCAUGGCAGUGAUAGGGCCAGAUAACUCAGUUCUAUGUUGGGUGAUCCAUCCCACCCUUCAAAGUGUUCCUUUAUCUGCACGUGUUACCCAAAUGGGUUUGGUUGAGCUGAGUAAUGAAGUAGAAAAGAUCAGAAGAGAUAAUCAACUUUACAUUGAGGUUCAUGUGAACCAGAACCACCCAAACAUGCAGGAGCAAAGGAUCAAGAUCAAUACUGCUCAUCUGAGGACUCAACUUCAACAAAUUUUUGGACCAUUCCACAACCACCCAUGGCACUUCCUGCUGAAUGCACUCCACCUAGUGACACUCACAGCAAGACAAAAUGGUACAGUUGAGAUCACCUCCCCUAAUAUGAAUGAACCACACAUCUUUGAUCAGAACGUUUAUGAACACCUUGGAAAUCAAUUGGUGCAAGAUGUAAAUAUCACAUACAGGCUACAAAGCCUCAGGUGCCUAGCUGAAUACGGCGCCCAAAUACAGAGACCAUACACCAUCCUGAUGCUAACACCUCCUUUUGAAUUAAUGGUGUACAAUGCUUUUGUAUUCCCGAGCAACCCAGCAUUCACCACCAACCAAAUCUUCAUCCCAAUUCCACCCCAACAGUAAAGAUCAGAGGCUAAUGGAGACAUCCAGCAUUACCGAUUUCAACAUAUUUCAAAACAUUAUUUUUGGCAUGUAUUGUAUUGCAUGUACACCUUGUGGUUCAUACACCCUACUAUGUGGAAUUAGAAAUAGAAUUGCAGAAUGAAU